GCAUCGUAUAUAUAAACGUAAGUCGUAACGUUGCUGUCGCAGAUAUAUUCACCCCGGGACCGGAGGGAGGGACCGGGAGCUGGCUAGCUAGCUUGUGGCGAGCUUGUGCGGGCGGCGGCAAUGGCGGAUGUGGAGGAGGAGGAGCUGGACCCGGCGGUGGAGUGGAGGCAGGCGGGGGAGGAGGAGGACGUGGUGGAGGUGGCGCUGCCGGGGUUCAGGAAGGACCACGUCCGCGUCCAGGUCGACAACUACGGCGUCCUCCGCAUCACCGGCGCGAGGCCGGCCGGCGGAGGCGGUAAGAAGAAGUGGGUGCGGUUCACCAAGGACCUCCGCCUCCCCGCCAACUGCGACGCCGAUGGCGUCACGGCCAGGUUCCAGGACGGGAAGCUCAUCAUCCGCCUCCCCAUCGUCGCCAUCGUCCCCGGCUCCGGCGAAUCCGCCAACACCUCUGCUGAGCCGCCGCCGCCGUCCAUGGCGCCGCCCACGCGGCCGCCUGUGACGACGAAGCAGAGCUUCUUCGAGCCGCCGCUGGCUCCUCCAGCAGCGCCGCCAUUGCCGCCGCCGAAGCGCGCUGCUUCCGAGCAGAAUCUCUGGACGCCAUGGAAACCGGCACCCGCGCCGCCAUUGCCGCCGCCGCCCGCUCCUGCGCCUCCGGCGCAAAUGCCCGCUGCCUUGGAGCAAAAUCUCCGGCCGCCAUGGAAACCUGCAGCACCUCCGGUACCGUCAUUUGCCCCACCGCCGCCGCCGCCGCCGCUACCUCCGGCGCCAAAGCGCACAGCUUCGGUGAGAAACCACCUGCCACCGCCGUCGCCGCCAUGGGAACCACCUUCGUCACUGCCACCUCUGGCGCCCAAGCGCACUGCUUCCGACCGAAAUCCCCUGCCGCCGCAAUGGAAACCGCCGCCACCUCCGGCGCCAAAGGCUUUCGAGCGAAAUACUCUGCCACCGCCAUCACCGCCAUGGAAACCACCACCGUCACUGCCGCCUCCGGCGCCGAAGCCGUCUGCUUUCGAGCGAAAUCCUCUGCCACCGCCAGCACCACCGCCAGCACCACCGAAGCGCACAGCUUCCGAGCGAAAUCCCCUGCCAUGGAAACAACCGCCGCCUCCUCCUCCUCCUCCGCCGCCGCCGAAGCGCACUGCUUCAGUGCGAACUCCCCUGCCGCCGCCGUCCCCGCCAUGGAAACCGCCGCCGCCACUGCCACCACCUCCGUCCACGUUCUUCGACCCAAAGCGAUGGCGGCUGCCUCCACACUCAGAUCAAGCUCCACCCGACGAGCCGAAGCCACCACCGGCUCCGGCGACCGUUCUCGGCCCACAGAAAGCCGAGCCUUCGUCACUGCCACCUCCGGCGCCGAAGCCCACUGCUCUCGAGCGAAAUCCUCUGCCGUCGCCGUCGCCGCCAUGGAAACCGGCACCACCACUGCCACCUCCUCCGUCCAAGUUCUUCGACCCAAAGCGCUGGACGCUGCCGCCGCACUCAGAUCAAGCUCCAACGACUACUGCUCCCCGCUCCACAAAUCAAGCCACCGUCGACGAGCCGAAGCCAUCGCCGGCAACCGUUCCUGGCCCAAAGAACGCCGAGCCGCCAUUGCCGCCUGGGGAGCAGAUCACAUCCGCCACAUUCCCUGAGGAGCCGCCGGCCAAGACACCUCCGCCGUCAGAGAGAAGGAUUGAUUCGCCGUCGUCGUUGCCGCCGACCCUUCCGCCACCGCGUCGCCUGCCUGACGCGAAGGAGAAGACGAAGCCGCAGAUGCAGGAGGAAGCCGGCGGCAAGGCGAGGCUGCCGUUGCUGGAGGAGAUGAAGAGGAAAGAGGAGAAGAGACUGAAAGAGGCUUCGGCUGCGGCGCCGAGAGCGGAGGAUGAGAAGAGGGGAGUGCCGACGACGACGAGCAAGACGAAGAUGCCGAUGCCGGCGGCGGCAACUGCCGAGCAUUCGGCGACGGAGCUGGUGGUGAACAUGGCGGCGGCGGUGGCGGUGCUCGUCGGGAUCGCCUUGUCGGUGUGGCACGCCAUGAGCAGCAGCUAAGCUAAAAGCAAGCAGCAGUAGCAAAGAGCGAACGAGUGCUCGACUUGCGGAAAUGUGCUUGUAAUUAUGUAUUGCGAAAUUUGAAAUUAAAACUGCGAAUAACAAAUUUGCGUCCAUAUCUACAGUUCAAAUAA